UCCAAAGGAAGUUGACACAAUGAUAGCAUCUGCCUCUCUUGCACAACAGUCCACACACACCCGCACGCACCCGCGCGCGCAUAGCGUCCCGAGCCGUGCCGUGCCGUGCCGGAGGCAGCUGACAGAUGAGGGGCCUCGGUGCGGUCAGCGAGCGCCACUUCUUUCCGGAGACAGCGGAGUCUGUGAAGAAGAAGAAGAAGGAGAAGGAGAAGAAGGAGAAGAAGACGACGACGGGGGGAGUCAUUUGAGGGGAAAGUUCACAGUCGGUCGACAACCGCGCGCCAUGGCGGGCAAAGGGAGAGUGUGUCCGGCCGGCCGCAGCCAGCCGCUCCACGACAACUCCUCGGACUCGGACUCGGAGGCGGACGGCGGACCCGUCCGGGUGUUCUUCGGCACCGGGCCGCCCGCCGGCUCCUUCCCGGGCAGCCAGGUGAUCCACAGCGGGCACUUCAUGGUGUCGUCGCCGCACAGCGACUCGGCGCCGCGCGGCAGGAAGAGCGGCGGCUCCACGAGAUACGACUUCGACACGGUGAACAGGACGUGGUGCCACACGUACCGCUACGGCCCGCUGAGCUCCGGGAGCCUGAGCAUCGACCCCACGCUGACCCGCCUGUUCGACUGCAUGUCCCUGGCCUACAGCGCGAAGAUAGUCUCCCCCAAGUGGAAGUCUUUUAAGGGUCUGCGGUUGCUGUGGAGGGAUAAGAUCCGUCUGAACAACGCCAUCUGGAGAGCUUGGUUCAUUCAGUAUGUGGAGAAGAGGAAGAGCUCAGUGUGCGGCUUCGUCACGCCGCUGGAGGGCACGGAGUCCGAUUCACAUCGGAAACCUGAAGCAAUAGUCCUAGAGGGCAGCUACUGGAAGCGAAGGAUCGAGGUGGUGAUCAAGGAGUACCACAAGUGGAGGAUUUACUAUAAGAAGAGGCUUCAGAAAAAGAAGGAUGAUAUUCUGUCCAUGCUCCAAGAGGGUCAGAUCUGCCAGGCCAAGCUGGAGAAAUGGUCCAAUCACAUGUACCAGGAGCCUGAGGCAGCGCCGGUGGAGGUCCACAUGUUUGACCUGGACUGCCUCCUGUCCGACAUCUCCGACACCUUGUUCACCAUGACGCAGAAGCCGUGUCCCUGGGCCGGCGACCGACACGACACGUACACCAGCAAUGCUGAUAUUAUCCAGCCAGGUCUGACUCUGCAGCCCAACCUGGAUGAUUUCAUGGAUAUACCAGAUAUCUUUAUGAACUACCGGGGCCCGCCCACUGAGCAGACUGCUUUUGCUGACUGUGGCUAUUUCGAGAUCGCGCCCAGCGCAGCGUUUGCUCCGCUGCCCUCCUUUGUGGUGACGACUCCUCAGCUACUCAUCGACACCCAGCUGGCUCAGCCCGAUCUGUCGUGUGACACUUUGCCUCCGCCCUCCUCCUCCAACACCCGGCCGGACCAGGCCUGCGGUGAAUACCACACAUCUGGUAUCAUAUCGGGAGCCAUGCCCUACGGACAUCAGUCAUACCUCGAUCCAGCUGUUUCUAUAGCAUUCACCACCAGCAUCGAGCAGCCGGUUCCUUCAAGUAUCCCCUUCCUGUACCCGUUGCCAUGCCACAAGUUUGGUUACUACACAACCACCAGCGUGACCCCCACGGUCAUCACUCACACCGCCUCCACCAUGGGGGCCCAGGGCUCCGUGCACCAGGCUCCUGGCUACCCUCACACAGAGGACACGUACCCCCAGGCCUCCUGCCACUCUCUCAGUUACGCGGAGGCCGUGUCGGAGCCGGCCCACGCGGAGCUGCCUUCCGGCACCGCGGCCCACUGCUUCUCGGUCCCGGAGCAGGUGGCCGUCACGGGGGUCAGAGGGAAGCACAAGCAAAAGAGGGGAGGGGUGAAAACAGUCGGUGCCUCCGUGGCGCCGGCUAAACCCCCGUCCACUGCGCCCGCAGCCAGCAGCUGCCUGGCGAAGCUGCUCUCCUCCGGCGCCCGCGAACAGAAGCCACCGCUAGGAUUUAAUACUUCUUUAGUGACAGCCAAAGGUCAGAGGUCAUCAUCGCCCAGCUCCUCGCAGUCAAGCAGCAGCACUCAUGCCGUCGGGGCUUCAUCGCAGCUGCAGCACAGAGCUGGUUGGCCGGCGUUGAUGCCUCUGCUCGGCCAGACCGCCCCCUCAGGUCACAGCGCACCCCACGCCAGCACCUCCAGAGGCCUGGCCGUGCCCGCCCUGCUCCUCCACGGCUCUUCCACACACGCCGGCUCAACCCUCCUCAUUCCCAAGACCGAGAAACUAUCUCCCGUCCAGCAGUACGGCGCGGACAGGAGCAGCCUCACAGUUAAUUUUCCAGGACACACAGGUAAAAUGUCACCACCAAACCCUUUGGAUAGAAUCUCCAACCCCGAGUCCCCACACUCGUGCUUCUCAGGACACGGAAAGAUAGAAUCAAGUAAGCAAACAGAGAGCAGGAGGAUAACUCACAUCUCGGCUGAGCAGAAGAGGCGCUUCAACAUCAAACUGGGAUUUGACACGUUACAUAACAUCGUGACAACGCUGAGCUCUCAGCCAAGCAUAAAGAUCAGCAAAGCUACCACGCUGCAGAAGACGGCCGAGUACAUCAGUAAGAUGCAGCAGGAGAGAGCGCAGCUGCACGAGGAGGCUCAGAGACUCAGAGAGGAGAUCCAGCUCCUGAACUCUGCCGUCAACGCGUGCCAGCAGCAGCUGCCGGCCACCGGUGUGCCCAUCACGCGGCAGCGCUUUGACCACAUGAGGCAGAAGUUCCGAGAGUACGUCCAGGCACAGACGCUGCGAAACUGGAAGUUUUGGAUCUUCAGCAUCAUCAUCGAGCCGCUGUUCGAGUCCUACAAUGGAAUGGUGUCCACUGCCAGCGUGGAGGACUUGUGUCGAUCCACUCUGUCCUGGCUGGACCAGCACUGUUCCCUUCCUGCCCUGAGGCCCAUGGUUCUGAGUUCACUCCGUAUCCUGAGUACCACCACGGCCAUCCUGACGGACCCCAGCCUGGUGCCGGAGCAGGCCACCCUCGCGGUCACCCGGGGCAACCCCGCCGCAGCCCUGGACCACUCCUUACAGCCCGCCACUCGGGACAAUGUACACCGCAUGUGACCGAGGAGAACAGACUCAGUGGAAACUUACCUGGAGUCCACCACAACGCACACAAGAGCACAAGUCCGAGGAGAGCCUGUGGUUUGAAAAGACUCGACGCUCCUCUCCCAGACUUUUGAUUCACAUUCCAAACAAAACUCACCAGCUGCAAAAAGAAUGUAUUCCAGUACACCUAUACAAAAAAUACUAUUUGUGAUUCGUGCUUAAAUGAUUGUAGAAGCAUAAUAUACCUGUACUAUAUGCUA